CACCCCACCCCCCCGCGGUUUCUGUUCUUAGGCGGCGACGGUCGCCACGGUGGCGGCCACUGCAUCUCCUACCACCUCCGCGGCCCUGGGCGCGGUAUCAGCGGACCCUGGGACUAUGACGGGCCAGGGACAGUCAGCGUCAGGGUCGUCGGUGUGGAGCACGAUAUUCCGCCACGUCCGGUACGAGAACCUGGUGGCGGGCGUGAGCGGCGGGGUCCUGUCCAACCUCGCACUGCACCCGCUCGAUCUCGUGAAGAUCCGCUUCGCUGUGAGUGAUGGAUUGGAACUGAGACCAAAAUAUAAAGGAAUUGUGCAUUGCUUGACUACCAUUUGGAAACUUGAUGGACUACGAGGCCUCUACCAAGGAGUAACCCCAAACGUGUGGGGUGCAGGUCUAUCCUGGGGACUCUACUUUUUCUUUUACAAUGCCAUCAAAUCAUAUAAGACAGAAGGAAGAGUGGAACGUUUAGAGGCAACAGAAUACCUCGUCUCAGCCGCGGAAGCUGGAGCCAUGACCCUCUGCAUUACAAACCCGUUAUGGGUAACAAAAACUCGCCUUAUGUUACAGUACAAUGGUGUUGUUAACUCCUCACAGCGACAAUAUAAAGGAAUGUUUGAUACGCUUCUGAAAAUAUAUAAGUAUGAAGGUGUGCGUGGAUUAUAUAAGGGAUUUAUUCCUGGGCUGUUUGGAACAUCACAUGGUGCCCUUCAGUUCAUGGCAUAUGAGUUGUUGAAGUUGAAGUACAACCAGCAUAUCAACAGGUUACCAGAGGCCCAGCUGAGCACAAUAGAGUAUAUAUCUGUUGCCGCACUCUCCAAGAUAUUUGCUGUAGCAGCCACAUACCCAUACCAGGUCGUGAGAGCCCGUCUUCAGGAUCAGCACAUGUUUUACAAGGGCGUGCUGGACGUGAUCACAAAGACGUGGAGGAAAGAAGGCGUUGGUGGAUUUUACAAAGGAAUUGCCCCCAAUUUGAUUAGAGUGACUCCAGCCUGCUGUAUUACUUUUGUGGUAUAUGAGAAUGUCUCACAUUUUCUACUUGACCUUAGAGAAAAUAAAAAGUAAGCUAGAAGAAGAUAAUUUCAGUACAUCUGCUUAAGGGAGCAACUGUUCCUUUGUGUUUGAGAUGUAAACCUCGGAAGAAGACUGCACAGCAACGUGGGUCACAUGGAAAUCAGUCUGUAGUCAUUAGAAGUCAAAGAACUGCUAAGACUUUGCAAUGUUUUUCCGCUUUUUGCCUUCCCCAUUUGUAUGGGAUUUGGCUACCUCGUCCAGAAAUGGCUCCCAUCGACACAAUAGUAAAACUGACAUCAAGCGGAGAGUUUCACAAAUUUCUGUAUUUCACUGUUCAUGUAGAAGCUGAUUAUAGCAUUUGCUAAAUGGAUUAGAUGAAUGUGCUUCUUUUUCUGAACUCAUUUGCCUGGAUUGCCUGGAUUGGCUUUAAAAUCAGUCUCUGUGCAAUAGCAAGAAAAUGGCCUAUGAAAAGAAUUAUUAUGACUGUUUCAAGGGUAAAUUGAACUUGAAGGAUUUUGCUGGGGAAAGUACUGCUUAAAUCCAGACCAUUUUUGAAUUGGGAAAUUUUGGUGAGGAAAAAAAAAACACUGUUAAGUGUAUUUUCGUUUUAAUUCCAUUGGAAUGUGCUAACUAGGAAAAUUUGAGAAGUUAUAUACUUCUCUUCAUUUGAGAAAUGUCUGAUAUUUGUUGUCAUUAAUUUUUUUUCUCGAGGGGCUCUGUAAUUGUGGAUCCAGUUACAUUUUUUGACAUAGGUACUUAGUGUCUCGUAAAGUUAAAAAAUCUGAAUUAGGAUUCAGCUGGGUUAGCAUAUUUGGCUAUAAAUCAGUGAUUUAUUCUCAUACAGACACGAGAAUGAUUGGAAUAUGUUUUUGAGAAACUGUGUGGAAGUGAGAAACUAACUUCCUACUUCAGCUCUCUAACAUAUGGGUUCGGAUCCCAAAUAAAUGAUUAAUCUUCAUUGGUUGUUCAUAUUCAGGUUUAAAUACAAAUUACAUUGAUGGCCAUUAUUGAUUUUACUUUUAUGAGCCAUUGCAAAUACCUAUAAAAGCCUGCCCCCAAAGGAUGCCAGAAUAAUAUUUUUAUUUAUCAUAAACCUUUAUGAAUGCCGUUGCACUUCCAUCUGUUUGUUGUAAAUAAAACUGGUUUUCAAAGCCAUAUUUAAAUGGGUCUUUGAAAACGGGUCUAUUUUUUA